GAAAUUUGGUUCCCAAUGGAAGAAGGUGAAGGAUUGGUCUGGAAAUCGGAGGUGGCAGAGUCAAUGAUGUCAGUGACGCUUGGGAGAGUGAUGAGCGCUCUGCUAGGUGCUCGUCCCAGGAAGCUCAACGAUGCCAUUACUCGACUCUCCUCCGACCCUCGCACAAGACCUUCACUGGGGUCAUUGGAAGAGUCCCUUUGGUUUUUGCACAAGUAUGUUAAGGAUGCAGCUGAAAAGGAUGAGUCUUUGGAUGAUGUUGUAGUUCCCAUGCUUGAAAAUUCAUUGAGAGGCAAGGAUGUAAAACAUUCACAUGGAGGCCAAUCUAUGCUACUUCUUAACUGGCUAUUCCAAGAUGAAUUUCUUUUCCAAGCAAUUGCCACGAAUCUCGCUAAGAUUAUCGCUACGAAAGAUGAUCGGUUUAUAGCCCUUGGCUGGUGUACCCUUGUGCGUGGUCUUUUGGAAUUUGAGAGUGCCACGAAUCAGUACCCGUUGAAUGGAAUAAGACAGAGGUACUUUGACAUGCUGAAGGUAUUUUGCUCGUGUAUUGCACAUCUCUUCCGUAUUAUAAGCAAAGGAAGCACUUUGCAGGAUGGAUUUGAGCUGCCAUCGCGCCUUGCUGUAUCUGCUGCUGAUUGUUUCAUAGUUCUCACCGAGUCAUUAACCAAAAAGUCUGUGGUUCCAAGUAACAGGCAAAAGUUAUUGGGUUCAAGUGCGUCAAAUCAACGGAAUACAGCCCCAGCCAUUAUUGGUAGUGAUAAGAAAGCUAAUGCCAUUCAUAAACCUUCAGAAGUCACGAAUGCAGAAAUGGAAAAUUUAAUUUGGGAUCAUUUAGAGGAACUCAUUCUUUUGAUGCAGAAGCUCCUAGCUUGGAGCAGAAAAAGUAGACCCUUGCAUGCCCAAGGAUUGGAGAGAGUGCUAAAGUGGUUACAAGAAAUAAAAGGACAGUAUGGGCAGCUUCAAGUUGAGGCAGGCUCGAGGAUUAUCAAGAGUGGAAUGUUGUUAUUGUCUUCUUGUUGGAAGCAUUACAGCGUGCUUGUGCGCUUGGAAGAUCAUAAAGGUUCUCUUCAUUACAAAGAACUAAUGGAACAGUACUUAUCAGGCCUCCAGUUUUAUUCCAACAAUCAUACAAGUGAGCAUUCUGAGAGUAAGGAUGGUGGUAUUGCGACCAGAAAAUUUUUCCUCAACUGUCUAUCUCUUCUGUUGGGGAGGCUUGACAACAAGAAAUUUGAAAGCAUGAUGUCAGAAUAUGGGAUGCAGAUAACAAGUGUUCUUUUAAUGCAGCUUCACUGUGUUGAUGAAGAUGUUGUAUCUGGCGUUGUCUGCAUAUUGAAAGCGGUAAUUUUCAAGCCACAUUAUUCAUCUGGAAGAAGUCUCCAGGACUCUAGACAGGUUGAUGCUGUUCUUCCAUUACUUCUUAACUUUCUAGAUGAGCGAGAUGGUACAGCUAGAGCUGUGGUUGUGCUCAUAGCAGAAUACUGCUCAAUGAGUAUGGACACACGGUGUCUUAAAGAAGUUCUAGAGCGCCUAACUUCAGGAAUUGUUCAACAGAGAAAGAAUGCGAUGGAUGUUAUAUCAGAAUUAAUUCGCACAUCUUACGAUUCAACGACUAUACUUUCUCAGUUGUCAUGGCAGGAUAUAGCACACCACUUGCUUGAGCGCCUUGAAGAUGAAGAGAGUGCAAUACGUGAACAAGCAUCCAAUUUGCUUCCAAUAGUUGAUCCAUCAUGGGUGCUGCCAACAUUAGUUGGUCUUGUUGGAUCAUCAAAUGAAAGGGUGCAAUCAUCCUCGAGUGGUGCCCUUGUUGGUGUCCUCAAAUAUCAUAAUCAAAAUGCAGAAGUAAUAUGUAUGAUGCUUGAAUGUCUUAGAAAUAUCAGCCAAAGCCCAGAUCUUCAAAAAACUGCAGGAGAAAUAGGGGAAGGCUCAAAAUUGGUGAUAGAUCAAGUGUUCAAGCUUAUCCCAGAGUGGUCUAAAAGUGUUCAAAACUGGAAAUUCCUGAUUGGACCAUUGAUUGACAAAAUGUUUGCUGAGCCAUCAAAUGCCAUUAUUGUUAAGUUUUUGAGUUGUAUAAGCAAUCACUUAGCGGAAGCUGUUGAUGUAGUGCUCUGUCGAAUUUUGCUGCAUUUGAAAGGACAAAAGGAUAUUGAUGAAAGCAGCUUUUCCAGAUGGAAGAGUGGAUCCUGCACAAAGGAUGACUCGGCAGAAAUUCAGCAAUUGCUGUUUGAGCACCUGUGCCCAUUACUCAUAAUUAGGAUGCUUCCAUUAAGUAUUUUUGAUGACCUCGAUUCAUCUGUUAUUUACAAUCAACUUUUCAAACAAGGCAUCAUCCAUGAUUGUGGAGAUAUCAACAUCUUCAGCCAUGACUGUCUUAUUGCUCUCCUUUUAAAAAGAGCAUUUUAUAAUUUUGAAUUUGAAGAUGUGCAAAAACUAGCUGCUGAGCUUUGUGGGCGCAUUCAUCCCCAAGUGCUUAUUCCUAUUGUUUGCUCCAAGCUAGAAGAUGCUGCAGCUUCUCAAGAUAUACUGAAGAUUAAAACGUGUUUGUUUACAGUUUGCACUUCCCUCAUGAUCAGAGGCAGGGUUUCACUUUCUCAUCCUGCAAUGCUCAGAAUCAGGAAAACAGUGGAGAAAGUUAUGUUAUGGCCUUCUCAGGAUGGUGAUGAAGUUUCGCGAGCUCAACAUGGGUGCAUUGAUUGUCUUGCACUGAUGAUAUGUGCCGAACUUCAAGCUCCAGAAUCAUUUAAAGACUCCAACCCAGAGAAGAUUGACAUUGUUGGGAAGAAAGUUGAUUGUGGGGAUGCUGUCUUGGGAAAUUCUGUACUCACUUACGUGAUCAAUCAACUUACUCAUGAUUAUAAUGAGCCUGUUUCAACCUCCCAAUUGGGUGGUUGCAUGAGCACGUUAAGUGUACCAGUUCCUCUAUCAUUUCGUCUAUGCAUGGCUAAUGUUCUCAUCAGUGUUUGCCAAAAGAUUUCAGACUCAGGGAAGAAGCAUUUUGCUCGAAGAACCCUUCCUGUUCUCAUCUCUUCAGUUGAGAGAAUAGUUCAAUCAGAGAUUAGAGCUGCAUGCAUACAGGUUCUCUUUUCAGCUGUGUAUAAUCUGAAGUCUGCAGUUCUUCCCUACUCAUCCAAGCUUCUAAAACUCUCACUGAAAGCUCUUAAAAAAGGAUCAGAAACGGAAAAGUUGGCUGGUGCUAAGCUAAUGGCGUCUCUUAUGGCUAGUGACGACGAGAUUUUAGAGAGUAUAGCAGGGGGUCUUGUAGAAGCAAGAUCAGUGCUGUCAAGUAUUUCUUUGACAGAAUCUUCACCAGAGUUACGCCAAAUGUGCCAAAAACUGUUAGCAUGUGUAACUCAUCCCUGACUUGUGCUUAUUUUUGGUUGAGUUAAUUAUCUUACAUCAUGUGCAGUUUGCCUUAGACAUAGUAACCAUAUUGACAGCAUGUACAUACCAACUGCUAUUAAAGAAGUAUCAAUACUAGAAUUCUACUCUCUUUUCAACA